CCCCCCCAUUGUCCCCAAUCCCCCCAGUGUCCCCAAGCCCCCCCGUGUCCUCUCCGCGUUGUCCCCACGACCGAGAUGAGGCAGAGCCCCCCGGAGAGGAGCUUGGGCCAGGGCGCAGCGGCGGCGGCGCGAUGAGCCCCCCGGUCGCCGUCCCCGCCGGCAGGAUGCUGCUCGCCCUGGCCCUGGCCUGCGCCAGCCCCUUCCUGGAGCCGCCGGCGGCGCCGCGCCGGACGCUCAACGUGGCCGUGAUCCUCAGCGGCGCCUCCUACGGCCCCGCCGGGCCCCGCCUGGCGCCCGGAACCUUCCGGAACUUCUCGCUGGACGUCAACCCCGUGGGGGUGGUGCUGAACGACACCAACCCGCGCAGCCUCAUCGUGCGCCUGUGCGACGUGCUGUCCUCGCUGCGCAUCCACGGCGUCGUCUUCGAGGACGACACGCGCUCCGAGGCCGUGGCGCAGAUCCUGGACUUCAUCUCGGCCCAGACCUCCGUGCCCAUCAUCGGCGUCAACGGCGGCUCCGCCAUCGUCCUCACGCCCAAGGAGAAGGGCUCCACCUUCCUGCAGCUGGGCUCCUCCACGGAGCAGCAGCUCCAGGUGAUCUUCGAGGUGCUGGAGGAGUACGACUGGACGUCCUUCGCCGUGGUCACCACGCUGCUGCCGGGCUACGAGGACUUCGUGGACUACGUGGAGGUGCUGACGGACAGCAGCUUCAUCGGCUGGGAGCACCGCGGCGUGGUCACCCUGAACCUGACCGACGACCCCGAGGGCGCGCGGACGCGGCGGCAGCUGCGCGAGGUGACGGCGCAGAUCCGGCUGCUCUACUGCUCGCGCGACGAGGCCGAGGCCGUGUUCCGCGCCGCGCGCGACGCCGGCCUCGCCGGGCCCGGCUACGUCUGGUUCGUGGUGGGCACCAACCUGGGGGGCAGCGAGCAGCUGCCCGAGCACGUCCCCGCCGGGCUGUUCGCCGUGCUGUCGGCCGGCUGGCGCGACGACCUCCAGCACCGCGUGCGCAACGGCGUGGCCAUCGUGGCCAAGGGCGCCGAGGCGCUGCUGCGCGACUACGGCUUCAUCCCCGAGUUCAACAACGACUGCCGCGCACCCAACGUCACCCAGAUCAACGACAACCUGCACCGGUACUUCAUGAACAUCACGUGGGGCCAGAAGGACUUCUCCUUCAACGAGGACGGGUACCUGGUGAACCCCUCGCUGGUCGUCAUCUCCCUCAACAAGGAGCGCAGCUGGGAGGUGGUGGGCAGCUGGGAGCAGCGGGUGCUGCGGCUCAAGUACCCGGUGUGGUCGCGCUACGGGCGGUUCCUGCAGCCGGUGGAGGACGGGCGGCACCUGACGGUGGCCACGCUGGAGGAACGUCCCUUCGUCAUCGUGGAGAACAUCGACCCCGCCACCGGCACCUGCAUCCGCGACUCCGUGCCCUGCCGGCGCCAGCUCAACCGCACCGCCAGCCCCCCACCCUUUGAGAAGAAGUGCUGCAAGGGGUUCUGCAUCGACAUCCUGAAGCGGCUGGCGCGGGCCCUGGGCUUCACCUACGACCUCUACCUGGUCACCAACGGCAAACACGGCAAGAAGAUCGACGGCGUCUGGAACGGCAUGGUGGGGGAGGUGUUCUACCGCCGCGCGGACAUGGCCAUCGGCUCGCUGACCAUCAACGAGGAGCGCUCCGAGAUCAUCGACUUCUCCGUGCCCUUCGUGGAGACCGGCAUCAGCGUGAUGGUGUCCCGCAGCAACGGCACCGUGUCCCCCUCCGCCUUCCUGGAGCCGUACAGCCCGGCCGUGUGGGUGAUGAUGUUCGUCAUGUGUCUCACCGUGGUGGCCGUCACCGUCUUCAUCUUCGAGUACUUCAGCCCCGUGGGCUACAACCGGAGCCUGGCCAGCGGCCAGCGCGCCGGUGGCUCCACCUUCACCAUCGGCAAGUCCAUCUGGCUGCUGUGGGCGCUGGUGUUCAACAACUCGGUGCCGGUGGAGAACCCCAAGGGCACCACCAGCAAGAUCAUGGUGCUGGUCUGGGCCUUCUUCGCCGUCAUCUUCCUCGCCAGCUACACCGCCAACCUGGCGGCCUUCAUGAUCCAGGAGGAGUACGUGGACACCGUGUCCGGCCUCAGCGACCGCAAGUUCCAGCGGCCCCAGGAGCAGUACCCCCCGCUGAAGUUCGGCACGGUGCCCAACGGCAGCACGGAGAAGAACAUCCGCAGCAAUUACCCGGCCAUGCACAGUUACAUGGUGCGCUACAACCAGCGCGGCGUGGAGGACGCGCUGCAGCACCUCAAAACCGGGAAGUUGGACGCCUUCAUCUACGACGCGGCGGUGCUGAACUACAUGGCGCGCAAGGAGGAGGGCUGCAAGCUGGUCACCAUCGGCUCGGGGAAGGUCUUCGCCUCCACCGGCUACGGCAUCGCCCUGCAGAGGGGAUCCCGCUGGAAGCGCCCCGUGGACCUGGCCCUGCUCCAGCUCCUGGGGGACGAUGAGAUCGAGAUGCUGGAGCGGCUGUGGCUGUCUGGGAUCUGCCACCAGGAGAAGCUGGAGGUGAUGAGCAGCAAGCUGGACAUCGACAACAUGGCCGGGGUGUUCUACAUGCUGCUGGUGGCCAUGGGGCUGAGCCUGCUGGUCUUCGCCUGGGAGCACCUGGUGCACUGGAAGCUGCGGCACCUGGGCACGCCCGGGCGGCUGCGCUGCCUGCUGGCCAUCAGCAGGGGCAUGUACAGCUGCUGCAGCGCCGAGGACCCCCCCACACCCCCCCACGCCCUCCGCGCCCCCCCCACCCCCCCACGCCCCCCGCCCUCCCCACGCCCCCCCCCCCCCGCGACCGCCGCCCCCCCCCCGAGCGUCUGGAGGACCUGA